AUGCACCCCCUCGCGGCCGCCUGCGCCGUCCUGGCCGCCGGCGCGGCCGCCAACGCCACGUGGCCCGCCGUCUUGGACUGGGACUGCGCCGAGACGCUCGACGGCUGCGAGAGCGCGUGCUACGCCGCCAAGAUGCACCUGGUCCCCGACGUGCUUGCCUACGACGCCCACUCCGAGGGCUGGCUGGCGCGCGGCCGGCGCUCGGGCGCCGAGCUGGGCCUCUGCAACGACAGCGACCUCGCCCGCAACCCGCGCCACGAGCGCGUCAUGCACACCAACCAGUACCCGCCCGCCAGCACGCGCCAGGGUGGGGAGGGCGCCGUGCUGCGCUGCGUGACUCUGGCGGAUAAGCUUGGUUCCGACUCUCUUCCCCUCUGUGACGCUGCUCUUGGUUCUGGAGGGCUGUUUUAUAACUACAACAUGUCGGAUGGUGACCUGUUCGAGGUUGCUAUUCGCAACUACGCUGGGAUCGCAUAUUGCCCGCACGGCGCCGCCUUGGAUGACGCGCCGUGGGAGUUCAAGCUCAAAGACGGGCAGGUGGUGGAUGCGUGGGAGCCCGAGCAUCACCGCCGCGAUUUCGCCAACAUCUUUGUACAUGCGAGCGUUGGGGUCAACCUGCGCGAGUAUGAGGACGAGUAUGGUGACCGGGUGUUGAGCCUGUCGCGGAACGCCACGAGCUCGCUGGUCGGGAGAACCAUCUCCAACGGUCAGAGGGGCCUCACGAUCAUGAAGGAGAUAUUGCCGCAAGGGAAGUAGACCUCGCUCUAGGAUUUACGAGACCGUGUCGGCCUUGGGGCCUCGAUG